UUAUCUCGAACUACUUUGAAUUCCCCUUGAAACUACUAUUACACUUAAUAAUGUUUUGCUCUCGAUAAUUCGAUAUAAAAUUAAUCGUUUUUCGUAUCUCGAGUUCACAAAUAAUAUUUUUGUUACGGUUAACAUAGGAAUUGUGCAGCCGUGCAGGCAGUGCAGUAUAGCGAUUGUGAUUUAGCGCGUUGGUAGUCACGUUUAUAGUCUUUCGUAGUUCGUUUGUUCGUUUGUAGUGGAAUGGAAAAGAAGCGUAAAUUAAAUGUUCUUUCAAUUUCGGACAAAGUUCGUUUAAUACAGUUAGUUGAAAAAGGUGACCGUAAAAAAUGUAAAAUCGCCAAAGAAUUCAAUAUUCCACCAAAUACAUUAUCGUCAAUUAUUAAACAGAAAGAGAAAAUAAUGAAGUUCAAUUGUAGAAAUAUGAAAAAAAUGAGGAUGACUCCUUAUUUAGACAUUGAUAAAUGUUUGCUAAAAUGGUUUACUCAGUGUCGAGAUAAAAACAUACCAUUAAAUGGAACAAUUUUACUUGAAAAAGCAAACGAAUAUGCACAACAACUAGGACACACUAAUUUUAAAGCUAGUAGUGGAUGGCUUACAAAUUGGAAAAAAAGACACGAUGUAGUUUUUCGAACUGUUUGUGGAGAAAAAGCUUCAGUAGACGCACAUUGUUGUUCAAAUUGGAUUAAAAAUCUUCCUGAUGUCUUAGCAGGUUAUUUUUCUAAUGAUAUUUUUAAUGUCGAUGAAACGGGGUUAUUUUUCAAAUGCUUACCAGAUAAAACAUUAAUGUUAAAAGGUAAAGAAUGUUCAGGUGGAAAAUACGGUAAAGAGCGCAUUACAAUUAUGAUAGGAUCAAAUAUGUCUGGAACUGAAAAACUAAAAUUAUUUGUCAUUGGUAAAGCAAAGAAGCCUAGGUGUUUUAAAGGAAUUUUAUCAGAAACCAUAGAAAAUACCAGCGAGAGUGAAGACGAACCACAAAAUGAGGAGGAAGUCAUUUUUACCCAAGUAACAAUUCAACAAGCUAAAGAUGCUUUAAAAACACUAAGGAAUUUUGUUGAGACUACUACAGGUAUGGAUGAUAAGGCUUUUUCUGCAUUAAAUAAUUUGGAAGACGUCGUGGCAGAAAGAAGUAAUAUGAAGCAAACCUUAAUGACAGAUUUUUUUAAAAAAAAAUAAUUUAUUCAGUCAUUUCAGUAUUUUAAUUAUUCAAAUUUUAGUCUAUUUUAGUC